AUGAGUAAAUUACUUCGUGAUAUCUCACUUGAGGUAAAGAAAGCAGUGAAGAUGGAACUGGCUUCUGUGAACGAAUCGUUAAGCUCAUGGUGUAUAAAAGUGGAUACUAUAAAUGCUUCACUGGCAAUCCUAACUGAGAAAGUUAAAGACUUGGAGAAGAAAAACAUGUACUUGACAAAUCAAAAUACCCACUUGGAAUUAAAAGUUAAUGCUAUAGAACAACAAAUCAGAAAUAUGGAACAAAAACAGUUGGAUAAUGUACUGGAAAUAACAGGAAUUCCCGAAGAUAAGGACGAGAACUUGGAAAAACUUUCAAGUAAACUAGCCUCGAAACUAAACAUAGAGAAAGGUCAAGUGUCAAUGGUGAAGAGACUGAAAGGCAGGGACGGUAAAUAA